UCAACCUUUAUUGCUUCUGCAGCCUUUGCCUGCUCCGCGCGCGAGCAAGACCUAGCAGGCCGGGCUGGACGUGCCCCCGCCUGCCCGCCGCGCUAGCCUGCGCCCGCCGCGACGCUGCGGCCCGGGACCCACCGUGCUGGGCGCUGGGCGGCGGACUCCAGGCGCAUUCACUGGCUGUCGCGAGGUCCCCGCAGCGUCACCCGGCCCUCCACAACCUUGUGCUGUCCCGCGAGACCCCUGCUCGCCCAAGGCGGGCUCUGGGGACGCUGCUCUCCACGUGCGGGCUGCAGACUGGACGCCGCUGCCGCGGGCUCCAUUACAGACACCUGCCUGUGCCACAAUGCUGUCGUCCAGUGACUUUGCAUCUGCUUCUUGGGAGCUUGUGGUCCAGGUUGACCAUGCAAUUGAAAAGCAGCAGAAAGAGAUCACACUGAGGGUGUCGGGAGACCUGCAUAUUGGGGGAGUGAUGCUCAAGUUGGUGGAACAGAUGAACAUAGCCCAAGACUGGUCAGAUUUCGCUCUGUGGUGGGAGCAGAGGCGCUGCUGGCUUCUGAAAACCCACUGGACCCUGGACAAGUGUGGAGUCCAGGCCGACGCCAAGCUCCUCUUCACCCCACAGCAUAAAAUGCUCCGCCUUCGCCUACCCAAUGCCAAGACCGUGCGACUGCGAGUCAGCUUUUCAGCCGUGGUGUUUAAGGCUGUGGCGGAUAUCUGCAAAGUGCUGAAUAUUAGAAGACCAGAAGAACUUUCAUUGUUAAAGCCUUCUGGUGACUAUUUGAAGAAAAAAAAGAAAAAGGACAAAAAUAAUAAAGGACCUGUGCUUGAAGACGUCCUGACCUUGGACAGUUCUUCAACGAGCUCCGGUUCCCCAGUAAGCCCUGGCUUGUACAGUAAGACUAUGACACCCACAUAUGACCCCAUCAACGGGACGCCAGCCUUAUCCACUAUGACUUGGUUUGGUGACAGCCCAUUGACCGAGCAAAACUGCAAUGUUCUGGCCUUCAGCCAACCUCCCCCAUCACCAGAUGUGCUCGCCGACAUGUUCCAGCCUCGAACUUUGGUGGACAAAGCCAAGAUGAAUGCAGGUUGGCUGGAUUCCUCGAGAUCCCUCAUGGAACAAAACAUUCAGGAGGAUGAGCAACUGCUGUUAAGAUUUAAAUACUACACCUUCUUUGACUUGAAUCCUAAAUAUGACGCUGUCCGAAUAAACCAACUCUAUGAGCAAGCCAGGUGGGCUGUUCUCUUGGAGGAAAUCGACUGCACAGAAGAGGAAAUGUUGAUCUUCGCAGCACUACAGUAUCACAUCAGCAAACUGUCACUGUGUGCUGAAAUACAGGACUUUGCAAGCAAGUCUGAGGUUGAUGAAGUGGAGGCGGCGCUGUCUAGUUUGGAAGUGACCCUCGAAGGUGGGAAGGCCGACAGCACUUUGGAGGACAUCACCGAUAUCCCUAAACUUGCAGAUUAUCUCAAAUUAUUUAGGCCCAAGAAGCUAAUGUUAAAAGCUUUCAAGCAAUACUGGUUUGUCUUUAAAGACACAUCAAUAGCCUACUUUAAAAAUAAGGAACUUGAACAAGGAGAGCCAAUAGAAAAACUAAACAUUAGAGGCUGUGAAAUUGCUCCAGAUGUAAAUGUAGCAGCGAGAAAAUUUGGAAUCAAGUUACUAAUCCCUGUCGCCGACGGUAUGAAUGAAGUGUAUUUGAGAUGUGACCAUGAGGAUCAAUAUGCCCGGUGGAUGGCUGCCUGCAUCUUGGCAUCAAAGGGUAAAACCAUGGCAGACAGCUCCUAUCAGCCAGAGGUCGUCAGCAUCCUUUCAUUUCUGAAGAUGAAAAACAGGACCUCAUCACCUCUUGUGGCUUCCAGUAUCGAAAGCAUGGACAUGAACCCAGACUGUUUAGUAUCGCCUCGCUGUGCAAAAAAGCACAAGUCUAAACAGCUGGCAGCCCGGAUCCUGGAAGCUCACCAUAACGUGGCCCAGAUGCCUCUGGUCGAAGCCAAACUGCAGUUCAUCCAGGCAUGGCAGUCCUUACCGGAGUUCGGCCUCACCUACUACCUCGUCAGAUUUAAAGGAAGCAAGAAAGAUGACAUUCUGGGAGUCUCAUACAACAGGUUGAUCAGAAUCGAUGCAGUCACUGGGAUUCCAGUUACAACAUGGAGAUUCGCCAAUAUGAAGCAGUGGAAUGUCAACUGGGAAAUCCGGCAGGUGGCAAUCGAGUUUGACCAAAAUGUCUCCAUCGCGUUCACCUGCCUAAGUGCGGAUUGCAAGAUUGUGCACCAGUACAUUGGUGGCUACAUUUUCUUGUCCACCCGAUCCAAGGACCAAAACGAAACGCUCGAUGAGGACCUCUUUCACAAAUUGACAGGCGGUCAAGACUGAAGUGUGAGACAGGCCUACUUGGCCUAUGUGGACCUAGGUAGGAGACCUUCCAGGAUGGAUAGGACCUGUGGCUUUCCCAAUGUGUAGAUUCCGGACUUCCCACCAGAUGCCCAGCUCCUUGGCUCCCCUGAACACACUGCCAGCACAUCCCUUCCACAGGACUUUGCCUCAAACUGCCAGCAGCAGACUGGGCUGCUGCUGCUUUUCCUAUGAGCGGGUGGGGAGAGAGGGGGCUGCUACUCUGUGGCUACUCUAAGGCCCAGCAUGGCACGCGGGCUCUGUGACCUUGCAAGCACAUGUAAGUAACGAGCAAAUGACCUUCUGCCUGUGUGCCUCAUGGUAAGUCAGCAGUGAGAACAGAAGGGUAAAAGCGACAUGUUGUAAGUACAAAUCUCCUUCCAGAAACUCAGGUCCUUCCUUAACAGAAUUGAUCAUAGCUCUCAUCUUGUCAAAAUGGCACCUUUUCUCUGGCGGUCAAAGAGACGAGUGGGGAGGAACAGGAUUACAGUGGUCUUCAUCAUCGGUUUACAGUGGCUGUCACAUCUGUUAAGGUGACCACUGGCCAUUGGUCUAACCUUUGGUCCUCAAAUUAUUGCUGAGACUAGAAGCCCCAUUCCUAGGGAAUCCCAUAGACACACUGAAGUCCUUCUUAAAGACAUGUACUGAAGGGAUACAGGGAAGCCCAUUCUUAGCCAAGAUCCAUGAUUCAAUUGCUUCUGUUCCGGACUGGAUCUCUGUUAAUAAAAACCACCUUCCAUGGAGCUGGAAGGGUGACUCGGCAGUUAAGGGGGCUUGCUGCUCUUCCAGAGGACCUUAACUGAGUUCCCAGUACCUAGCUCCAAGGAUCUGAUUCCUUCUCCUGGUCUCCAUGAGUCCCUGCACUCACAUGCACACAUAUGCACGCGUACACACACAUAAUUAAAAAUGACUCAAAAAGACGAAAACACCCAGGACAGGAUUCAGAGUCCAGUAAGGCCUCCAUUCCAAUCAAGCAAUGAAAGGAGGGCAGACUUGUUCCUAGAGUCCACUGUGGUGAAGUUCUGAGGACUAAUGGGUGGCUACUUCCAGAGCCCUGGCUGGUCUGUGUGGUGGGAAGUGUUUGUCCACUCAGCAGAGUUCUGGGGGUGGAAUCUGUUUCUCUGAUUCUUGGCAUUUUCCCUAAACAGCUUUAGCUUUGUAAAUCACAAGCCAACAACAGAUUCUUGGGGGCUGCGUUUUGCUAUGUCAUCCCUGCCCUGCUACAUACAAGCAUAAGCCCUUGACAGCUGCCUGAAUGUCACAUCCUGGUUUUCUCACUAGAGGGGAAUGAGUGGGUUUUGAGUAGGUGGGACACAGCAUCAGAGCUAAAGGAAGGUGUUUUCUUUUGUUCAUACACAGCCUUUCUCCUUCCACACUAACUCAGACUGCACAGACAGAAGGAAGAGCUCCACUUGAACUCUGCCUCCCUCCUAGGUUGCACGCUUCAGGGCCUUGGCUGGAGUCCAGAGCUCUUUAAACAUCGGCUGUUGCUCUGUUUCCCAACAAAGCCACCUGGGAAGUGAGAGUUCUGCAAUUCCAGGGGUCAGGAGACAGUCCUGGCCGGAGACCACAGACCUGAGCCAGAGGAACCUUCUGGAGGUUUCUUUUCGCCUCUCCUUAGAGGUGUGUACUCAUGAGCCUUCAGGCACCCACUGAAUUUCUGGGGCUCAACUUAGCUCAGAAGUGCUUUAGGCAUUGGAAGCUCUGGUUCCCAUCCUGAAGAACUUAAUUUGGAAAGUUUUAUGCAGACACCGGUGUUAAGUGCAUGCAGUCAGCAUGGUGGUGGUUGUUCCUCUGCUGUCCAGGCCUCUACUGUUUGGAGCCUAGACAGGAGGCUGGGUGCUGUACACACAUCUUUAAUCCCAGAACUCAGGAGGCAGAGGCAGGCAGA